AUGAGUGAUAAAGAUUUAGGAGAAGGUAAAAAUAAGCACUUCAUUACAACCUUAGUCCACUAUGCAAAUAAAGAAAAAUGCAGAUUUACUUGGAAGUUAAGGGAAAAAACGUCAGGUUACGAAAACAAUGACGAUAAUACAGUUAAAAGAACUAAGAAUCAAAGAGAAGAUUACAUUAAAAAAUAUAAGGAUACUUCAUAUGAGGACGAGUAGACUGAGAUGAAAUUAAGAAGAAUGGAUAUUAUUUAUAGAUUAUACUACACUGAAGACGCAAAAUUACGAAAAUUAAUGAUGGAUUAUAAGACUUAUGUUAAGAAGAUAGGAAUAGAUAUAUAAAAGCUGGAAGAACAUAGUGAAUUAUAGCAUAAUUUAAGAUGCGUUGGCUAUUAUUAGGGUAUUUAUAAGAUGUAUAAGGAAGCUUAACUUAGACCAGAUGAAUGCAAUCUUGUCUUUAUGUAAUUGAUGAAGAAAGACUAUGAGCCAAAAUAUAAAUUAGAAAACAGCGAAGAACCUUAUAAUUUAUUAUUGAGUUUGUUUUAUAUCAUAGAAGAUAUGCAAAAGCAGAUCAUGGAAACUCCAAUUUUUGAUGAAAAGGAUGAGUCUAAGACAAAAAUUAUAAAAGAGUAUAAGAUGAUUGAUGAAGAUUCUAAGCCUUUAGAAUAUGUUGAUUCUUAUAAUGAAAAUACGCAUGAAAACAUUAUUGAAUUCAGAUAUGGUUAUGAUUUGUUUGAUGAAUUCAGAAGUGAUGAAAUAGUUUAAAUCAGAUAAAAAGAAAAGCUCAAUUAUGUUAAGGAGUUCUAUGAAAGAUAUGAAGAUGUUUUGAAAAACAAAUCACCUGAUUUUUGGUAGUUUUUAUUGUUUGAUGUUUUGAAGGCGUUGUGCAACAAAAGUAAUACUGAUGAACAAUUGCAAGAAAUUCUCAUGAAUCUUUUGGAUGACUUUGAUGCUUGCAGAUUUUUGCUUUCUAAUAGAAAAGAAAUCAUCCUUUACUUGUAUAAAAAUCACUUCGCAAAGGAUAAACAAUUCUCAUCCUCAAUAAGCUCUAUGAAAACUGAUGACUCGCAAGGUUUGACCAACUAUGAAAUUUUGAAGUCAAUUGGUAUGAAAGAUAUAGAUAUCGAAAGGGAGUCUAGAUUAGGAUUAAAGAAAAAAGAUUUAGAUUAAAAAGUUUCAUAGGCUUAAAGCAAAAAUUAAUAUGAUGUUGAUGACGAAUUUUCUGAAAUAGAUUUUAUCAAAUAAGAAUAAAGUUAAUUAGUAUAAAGAAUUCCCUCUCUUGAAAAAAGUGAUUAUCCAGAAUACAUUUAACUUAAAAUAUCUCCAAUGCCAAGACAUCACACUCACGUUACUGAUCUUGUUAAAAUCGAAGGAAAUUUCCCUGAUUGGGCAAGAGAAGCAUUUGGUUCAAUUUAGUCAUUAAAUGUAGUACAAUCCAAAGUUUACAAAACUGCCUUUUAGACAGAUGAUAACAUUUUAAUUUGCGCCCCUACUGGUGCUGGUAAAACAAACAUCGCUUUGAUGACUGUUUUAAGAGAAAUAGAGAAACACAUCAAUCCUCAAACUAAAUAGCUUAUUGAUCCUACUUUUAAAAUUAUUUAUAUUUCCCCUAUGAAGGCAUUAGCUAGUGAAAUAGUAGACAAAUUUUCAGGAAUGCUUAAACAUAUGAAUGUUAAAUGCAAAGAAUUAACUGGUGAUAUGCAACUCACUAAAAAGGAAAUAGAAGAAACAUAAAUUAUAGUUACUACCCCUGAAAAAUGGGAUGUCUUCACACGUAAGAAAAACGAAGUUGCUGAAACUCUUCGUUUGUUAAUUAUUGAUGAAAUCCACUUACUUAACGACGAAAGAGGUCCUGUUUUAGAAUGUUUGGUUUCUCGUACUCUACAAAAUAUUGAAAGAUAGUAAAAAUCAGUCAGAAUGCUUGGUCUUUCUGCUACUCUUCCUAACUAUUUGGAUGUCGCUUCUUUCCUCCACGUUAAAAAGGAAUCAGUCUUUUUCUUCGAUGCAACAUACAGACCCGUUCCUCUCAUGCAAAGAUAUAUUGGUGUUAGAGAACCAAAAUAAUCAGGCUUUAAAGUGAAAAGAAAGAAAAUCGAUAUUUAUAAUGACUUGUCUUAUUCUAUUUCUAAGGGUAUUUUAGAGCACAAAAAGCAAGUUUUGAUUUUCGUCCAUUCAAGAAAAGAAACCAUAGUUACUGCUUAAUAUGUAUUGAAGAAAGCUCAAGAUUGCGGAGAAUUGCAUUUGUUCAAGCCAGUUAAUAGCGAUAAGCAUUCCUUACCAAAAAUUAAAGACAAGGAACUAUAAAAGUUAGCUCCUUGGGGUUUAGGUUUCCAUCAUGCAGGUAUGUUGAGAAAAGAUAGAAAUAUUGUUGAAAAAAUGUUUAACGAUGGCCAAAUUAGAAUUCUCGUCGCAACAGCUACUUUAGCUUGGGGUGUUAACUUGCCUGCUUAUGGUGUUAUCAUUAAAGGUACUGAUGUUUACGAUCCAAGCAGAGGUGGAACUUAGGAUUUGUCUGUUCUCGAUAUUUAAUAAAUGUUUGGUAGAGCUGGUAGACCUUAGUUCGAUAACAAUGGUGAGGCAACUUUGAUGACUGAUAUAAAUAAAUUGAACUCCUUUGUUGCUCAAUUAAAUAAUGCAAGUUUUAUUGAAAGUAGAUUUACAGCACACUUAAAGGAAGCCCUUAAUGCUGAAAUAGCUUUGGGAAAUAUAGCCACAUUAAAAGAAGCAUUUGAUUGGGUUAACUACACUUUUUACUCUAUCAGAUUGAGAAGAAAUCCUAUGGGUUAUGGUUGCAAGAUAGCUCAAAAUAAAGAACUCUCUAUAGAAAUGCAUAUAACAGAAACCAUCGAAAAUGCACUUGAACAUUUAGACAAGUUGAGAUUGAUCAGAUGGGACAGAUAAAAUAAUUAUUUAGCAUCUACAGAAUUGGGUAGAAUUACCUCUCACUAUUAUAUUAAUUGCGAUACUAUGAACACUUUUUGCAAAGGGUUUGGUAUUUCUCUAGAUAAUGAUGAAGACAUUGAAGAAAAUGAGUAAAAGAGAACUGAAUAUAAAUCCGAUUUAGGCAUAUUAAAGAUUAUUUCUCAAGCUAAGGAAUUUGAAAAUAUCAAGAUGAGACCAGAAGAAACUGAAGAACUUGCUGUAGUUAUCAAGAAAUACUGGAUUUUUGAAGAAUAAAUUGAUAUCAACAUUAAGAAAAUAGGCACAAACGAUAGCACUUCAGCUGAUAAUAAUACUCUUCUCAUUGAUACACCUGAAAAAAUCUUAGCUCUUAUUUCAGGUUAUCUUACCAAAUAUCAAUACGAGAACUUUUCACUCAUAUCUGACUCUUAAUUCGUCAUUCAAAAUUCAAUCCGUCUAUUGAGAUGUAUGCUCGAUAUAGUCACUAAAAAAUCUAUGGCUUCUAACGCAGAGCUUGUUCAAAGAUGGUGUAAAUACAUUGAAUCCAGACUAGUCCCAGACGAAAGUCCUCUCCAUCAAUUCUGUAAAUCAAACUGGCAAGGAUAUAACUCAUUCAAGCAAAGAAAAGAGUUCAAGGAUGGUUUCAUCUCUGAAGAUGUCGUUUAUAAGAUUGAUGACAGAGAAAUAAGCUUGGAUACAAUAAGAGAAAUGCCAGCUACUGAAUUAGCUCAUGCUAUUAAUUGGAAUACAAGAAUUGCUACUGUUAUUAAAAAGUUUGUUUGUUUCAUUCCUAGAGUUGAGGUUGAAUAUUCUGUUCGUCCUAUUGCUUAAACAGUCCUUAAAGUAGAUGUUUUAAUUACACCAAAGUGGUCUUGGUCUAAUAGAUGGCAUUCUAAAUCUGAAUUGUUCAAUUUAGUUGUUGAUGAUGAAAAUGAAAUUUUACAUCACGAAAGCUUUACAAUCAGCUAACAAUAAGUCUUUACUUCAACUCCUACUGAAAUAAGUUUCUUCGUUCCUUUCAGAGACUCCAAGGUUCCCUAUUACAGAUUACUUGUUUAGCAUGACACUUGGGUCAACUAACCUGAAACUGAAGUACAAAUUAAUUUAGAACAUAUUUAUUUCCAAGGUGAGAAGAUGGAAUACACUGAAUUGCUUGAUCUCCAUCCCUUACCUAUUUCUGCCCUUAACAACUCUGAUUUUGAGCAAAUUUACAAAAUGAAAUACUUCAAUCCUAAUUAAACUCAAAUAUUCCAUGCAAUGUACAACACUGACCACAACAUUCUUAUUGGUUCUCCCACAGGUUCUGGUAAAACCAUUAUGUCCGAAUUAUCUGCCCUUAGAGUUUUCAACUUAUAUCCUGAAAAGAAGGUUAUUUAUGUAGCACCCUUGAAAGCUAUAGCUAAAGAAAGAUUAGCAGAUUGGGAAGUUCGUUUUGGAAAAAUUGGAAAAACUGUGCUAGAAUUGACUGGUGAUUACACUCCUGAUUUAGAUGCAUUGCUCAAGGCAGAUGUUUUGAUUACUACACCUGAAAAGUGGGAUGGUAUUUCACGUAACUGGCACAAUAGAAACUAUGUCUAAAAGACAGGUUUGGUUAUUUUUGAUGAAAUCCAUUUGCUUGGUUAAGACAGAGGACCUGUUUUAGAAGUUAUUGUUUCCCGUAUGAAUAUGAUUUCCUCAAAAACAGGACAUAAGGUUAGAAUGGUUGGUCUAUCUACAGCUAUGGCUAAUGGUACAGAUGUUGCUGAUUGGUUUGGUGUUCCUAAAAAUUAUUUCUUCAACUUUAGACCUCACGUUCGUCCAGUUCCUCUUAAAAUCUAUUUUGAUGGUUUUAGCGCAAAAGCAUAUUGUCCUAGAAUGGCUGAAAUGAAUAAGCCUGCCUUCUAACAAAUCAGAAAGUUUGGUGAAAAGAAACCCGUUCUUGUUUUUGUUUCAUCAAGAAGACAAACAAGAUUAACUGCUUUAGAUUUAAUAGCUCAUGCCAUGCAUGAUAUCGGUGGCGGAUAGAGUCCUUUCGUAAUGUGCUAAGAAGACGAGCUUUAAAUCUAUUUAGAAAACGUUAAAGAUGAAUAUCUUAAAUAAACCCUCUCAUUUGGUAUCGGUAUGCAUCAUGCAGGUUUGGAUCAAGAUGAUAGAAAAAUUGUUGAAGAAUUGUUCUUGAACCACAAAGUUUAAAUUUUAGUUGCCACUUCAACUCUAGCUUGGGGUGUUAACCUUCCUGCUCGUUUGGUAAUCAUUAAAGGUACUGAGUAUUUUGAUCCUAAGACAAAGAGAUAUGUAGACAUGCCUGUUACUGAUAUUUUAUAGAUGAUUGGUCGUGCUGGUCGUCCACAAUUCGAUGAUAAAGGUAUUGCUUGUGUUUUUGUUGAGUAAAGCAAAAAGAAUUUCUAUAGAAAAUACUUGAAUGAUCCUUUCCCUAUCGAAUCAUCUCUUAUCAGCCAAAUCCAUGACCACUUUAAUGCAGAAAUAGCUAGUGGUACUAUUACUAACAAACAAUAAUGCAUGGAUUGGAUUACAUGGACAUAUUUCUUCAGACGUAUGCUUAAAAAUCCUACUUAUUACAAUUUAGAAAACGCAGAAACCAAGCAAGUUAAAAAGUUCUUAAUUGAGUUGGUCGAUGAAUGUAUGAACAGACUAGCUGAACAUGGUUGCAUAACCAUUGAUGACGAAUUAAAAUUCAAUGUUACUCCAACUUUCUUAGGUUAGCUUGCUGCUUUCUACUAUAUUAAGCACGAAUCAGUUUUCUACUUUGAAAAAAAUCUAACUGCUAAUAUUACUAUCCCAGAACUUAUCAGAGUUCUUUCAUACUGCAAAGAAUUCGAAGAAAUUCCUCUCCGUCACAACGAAGAAAAUUACAAUGAAGCUCUCUCUAAGAUUUGUCCUCUUAAGUGUGAUAAGAGUGCUUUCAGUUCUUCAAAUGAAAAAACUUUCCUUCUUUAUUAAGUUCACUUAUUUAGAUUACCUCCUCCUAUUAGAGAUUACAUUACUGAUGCAAAGAUCGUUGUUGAUAGUUCUGUUCGUAUUUUGAGUGCCAUGAUCGACUUAGUAGCUGAAAAGAGAUACUUGAAUACAUGCAUUAAUUUAUGUAUGAUCAUGCAAAUGAUUAUGCAAGCUGUUUGGUUUGAUUAGAGUCCAUUAAUCAAUGUUCCUCACUUCGACUAGCAGAUUGUGAAGAAAUUGGGAUUGGUCCACUUCUGUCAAUUAAUAGAAGAAUAUAAAAAGGAAACUCUUCGUCCUACUCUAAAGAAGAUAGAUAAGAAAUUCGGUGAUGAUAAACUCUGGAGAGAAGUCGAAGAAGCUAUCAAAUCACUACCAGAUAUUUCCUUUAGGGCCAGAAUUUAUCCUUUCGACUCUGAAAAAUUGCAAAAGCAAGAUGUUAACUUGAAACAAUCUGAAAUUUAACUCACUGAAGGAGGUGAAGCAGUGGUUUAAAUUAUUAUUGAUAAGGAGAAUGAAAAAUAUCCCAAUAAGGUGAUUGUUUAGAAGACAGGAAAAAUUAAAGAUGCAUCUUGGUGGGUUUUAAUUGGUGAUGAAUACACAGGCAAGCUUCAUGCUUUGAAGAAAAUAUUCUUCAAAAAGAAUUUAAAGAAGGAUAUUCAAAUUAUUUUACCUGAGAGCUUCGAAACUAGCAAAAAGCUGACUGUUUUCUUGGUUUCUGAUUCAUAUCUUGGAUUAGAUUAAGUUUUCUAUUUAAAUUUAAGAAGCAAAGACUAAAAAGCUGAUGAAAAAUAUUAAGCCUAAAGCGAUGAAUCAGAUAGUGACAUUCCAAAGCCAAUUAGAUAGAGACUUAGUGAUGAUGAAGAUGACAAACAAAAGAAGAAAGAAAAGCCUUCUUAUCCUAAAUUCUCUAAAGGCAACACAUUAAAGAAGAGCAAGGCAAAAGAAGAAGAAAAUAGCGAUGAAGAAGAAGAAGAAAAAGAUUAAUAAAAAGAAAGUCCUGAAAAGAAACAAGAUACUAGUGACUAAAAGCAAGAAGAUAAAAAGAAAAAUAUUCUUUAGAAAAAGAAAAAAGAAGGAGAUGAUGAAAAUAGUAAAGCUAACGAUAGCAGGAAAGAUGAUGAUAAAGACUUUGAUAGAAGCAAAGGAAAUAACCUAUAUAAAAAGAAAGAUGACACUUAAAAGUAAAACGAAAAGAAAGAGUCUGACUAAAGUAACAAUAAAUAAGAGAGAAAGGAUCAACCUGCUAAAGGAGGAGAUAAUAAAGAUUUUAAAAAGAAAAGGGAUAACAGAGAACGUAAGCCUAAAUACAACAAUGAUAGAAGACAAUAAGAUUCUGAAGAUGAAGAUGAAUAUGAUGUAGGCUAUAAGACUAAAGAGGGCUCUCACAUCGAUGAAUUCACUCGUAAAAGAAGAGAAGAAAAGAAUAUGGAUAAACUUGAUAACUAAAAUAAUGCUCAGAAUGAAGAUGACGAAGAUAUAGUUUAAAAAAUAAAAGAAGAUAGUGACUUUAGUGAUGAAGAAGAAGAAAACCAAAGAUCAAAAUACAGAAAUAAAAGAGGUGGCGGUGGUGGAUAAAACUUUAGUCGCGGUAGUGGUAACUAAGGUGGUAAUAAAUACACUGGAAAUUAAUUAAGAAAGAAAAAUGAUGACGAUUACUAACCCAGACAAAGAGAAAAUGAUGAUUAAAAAAAGAGAAAUUUCUAAGGCGAGAGAAAGUUCAAUGAAAAUUAAAAUUAAGGAGAAAAGCGUGAAUAUGAGAAGAAGCCCUACGAAAAGAAGCAAUAUGAAAAGAAAGAAACUCAAUUCGUGCCAAAAGAAAAGAAAGAACCUGUUUAUGAACCCAAAGAAAAUCCAUCCUCUUCUUCUUAAUCCUAACAAUAGUAAUAAAAAUCAGAGGCUCCAAAACAACAAACUCAAACUAAGCCACCACCAACUGGUUUUAAACUAAGACGUAAAAAUAGCGACGAAUUAAAUGCAGAAGAUAAAAAGAGUUCAAACAAUAACAAUAAUAAUAGAAAUAAUAAUAGUAAUAAUAACAACAACAAUAAUAAUAACAGAGGUGGCAAUAACUCUAAGCGUUGA